AGCUUUCAUUUCUGCCAAUAUUAUAAAGUAAAAAAUCGCAAGUUGAAGAAAACAACUAAACUCAUACCUUCAGGCAAUCUUCUGCAAGUCAGGAGAUCAGAAUCAAGCCAAAGUCAAUAUCAAACUGAAGCAACAACUUAUUGUCAUGGCUCCAUAUGAAUCCCUAAUCUCAUUCACCCUUGACUUCACAUGCCCCUGGACCUACCUCGGCAAGAAACGCCUAGAAAAGGCCCUGUCGCAAUACCAGCAACAGCACCCGCCGUCUCCAGACAGCACAGUCGUCUUCACCCUCACCUUCCUCCCGUACCAGCUGCAGCCGGCCUUUCCAGCCGACGAGGAGCGCGAUAGGCGGAGCUGGCUGAGCGAGCUGCACCACGGCGGCUCGGAAGAGGCCACGGCCGCGUUUGCGGAAAAGAUGGCCGCCCUGGGCGCCGAGGAUGGGAUAGCGUUCAAGUCGCUGUCGGAUGGCGUCGUGGCCAACACUCUCGAGGCGCACCGUGUUCUGCAUUGCCUGCAGGAGCCGAAGUCUGCGCGGGGUGAGGGAGCGGUUGAGCCGUCCAAGUUUGUCGACAGCGUCUACGCGAGCUAUUUUGAGAAUGGCUGCAGUCCCAGCAGUAGAUAGAUUUUGAUGCUGGCCUGUAAGGCCGCGGGCGUGUCUGAUGAGACGGCUGCGGGUAUUGUCGAUGGCGAUGAAGGGCUGGCAGAGGUACAGAUAUUGAUGCGGGAGCAAAAGAUGAAUGGCGUCGAUUCUGUCCCGUAUGUUGUUUUUGAAGGGCGCAAGAGAGACUUCACUCUAGUUGGGGCAAGGUCGGUGGAAGAGUACGGAAAGACUCUGGCAAAUAUUGCCAGGGAGAGUUUAUAAUUCUCUGUCGUUCUUGGGGCGAUUUGGGUUGUGUGAUUGACCAAGGAAACCCGCGCUAUUGAUUGGCCCAUCUAACCUCUUUAACACCACAGUAUCCUGACAGUUACCAGCUACAGUCGCCGCUUCGCAAAUAUUCCCUUACAAGCAGCGACCCGCUUGAUAUAGUCGUGCCGCUUUGCCAAAAAUUCACCGCAUUGUGAAGGAUCCCGCCAUGGGAACAUGUGCGGAAGCCCAGGGUAGAUGUGCUGCUCGACGGUGAUGCAGGCUUCUCUGAGCCUGUUGGC